GUUGGCCCACGAACCUCUUGGAGGAUGCAGCCACGCACAGGAGGGUCUUAGCAGCGCUUUUCAUCACCGGCAUCACGCUCGUGGCGCUGGAGGAUGUUCUGCGACUGGACAAGUCGGCGAUCAUGCUUGUCUUGGCUUCCGUGAUGUGGACGUAUCACGCGGCGGGCAUUCAUGCCAGAUCUGCAGAAGGGCACGAGCUCCUCGAGGAGGAACUGAUGAAAGGACUCUUUGAGGUUGGCAGCGUCAUCUUGUUUCUGUUGCCUGCCAUGUGCGUGGUGGAGUCCAUCGAUCACAUGAAUGGCUUCGCAGUUGUCACAGCGUUCAUCGUCCGCCACACACAGGAGAAGGCCGGGCGGCUGAUGCCCAUCGUCUGCAUCAUCGCCUUCUUCCUGAGUUCGGUGAUCGACAAUCUCACCGCCACCAUCGUGUGCAUCAAAAUCCUGCAGCGGGUGGUGCCUCACAACCAGGACUGGCGCCACAGCUGCGGAG